AUCACCUCUGCUGUUCGUAAAAGCUCGCAGACUCAACCUCUUUGUAUGACCUCAGCCGAAGCCUCAAAAAUGGUGGCAAAAGCCAUCUCUUCUUCUCUGCUUUUGCUUAUCAUCUUCUCCUCCUUUUCGCUAGCCGCAUCCCAAACGACACCAGAGGAUGGAGAAAGGCAAAUUCUCCUCCAAAUCAAGGAGGGCUGGGGGAACCCCUCAGUUCUCGGCUCUUGGAACGACUCCACCGCCAUCAGCCACUGCAAAUGGACCGGAAUCGAAUGCUCCGCUGAUGGCUCUGUGACCAACAUCUCACUUGUCAACGAAAACAUCACCCAACCCAUCCCCGCCGCCAUAUGCAAGCUGAAAAAUCUCUCCAUCCUCGACCUCAGUUACAACGACAUCCCCGGCACCUUUCCCACAUCCCUCUACAACUGCUCUAACCUCCUGCACCUUGACCUCUCCCACAACUACUUCGUAGGCGUGAUCCCCUCCGAUAUCUACCGUCUCUCACCCCGUCUCACUCACCUCAUCCUCUCAGCCAAUAACUUCACUGGAGACAUUCCGCCCUCCAUCAGCCGGCUCUCGGCUAUCGAACAUCUCACUCUCGAUAACAACCUCUUCGAUGCGUCCAUCCCAGCCGAGCUCGGCAACCUCUCAAACCUCCAGACCCUCUGGCUUGCAUAUAAUCCCUUUUCUCCGGCAACGAUCCCUUCAACUUUCAGCAAUUUGACUCAGCUGAGCUUCCUGUGGAUGACCCAGACUAAUGUGAAGGGCGAGAUCCCUGAAUUCAUAGGAGAGUUGACGGAGAUGUUCCAACUGGACCUAGCGUGGAACUCCCUCGAUGGAAGCAUACCCAACGGAACCUGGAAUCUAAAGAAGUUGCGGAUCCUUUAUUUAUAUGCAAACAACCUAACUGGAGCGAUCAACAUCGACGGACCAAUUGGCGCCUUGGGGCUGGAA